AUGGACCGGGAAAUCUACAUCAAGUUUAACGGUGGACGAGAAGUCUCGGGCGUGCUCAAGGGCUUCGACCCGCUGCUCAACAUGGUGCUGGACAAUGCCCAGGAGAAGAUGCGCAACGCCGAUGGCGAGACCAAGUCCCGGUCGCUCGGCCUGGCCGUCAUCCGCGGCACCCACAUCACCACACUGCAUCCGGUUGACGGCAGCGAGAGCAUAAGCAACCCGUACCUGGCGGCGGCCGAGGAGGCCGGCGGCGACGCGCCCGCGUACCAGUACACGCCCAAGCCCGAGGACGAGGACGAGGACGUGGAGAUUACCGAGGCCUGA